UCAACUGUCAAUUACUGGAGUGAUGGAGAGAUGAAAUGGAAUUCUUCACAGAGAAACAACUCAGCAGGUGCACAAGAGAAGUGCAGUAACUUGGAAAGAGAAUUGACCUGAGAAUUGCAUAGUGGAGGGGCAGAGUGAAGAUGGAUCAGUCAACUUCAUACAGAAGUGAUUUCUUCACAGGUAUAACAGAGGCCGUCAAUUCUAGCACGGGAUCUUCAAGACCCAGUCCCGCACAGCUCGGUGUGGAAGGUGGAUCACUACACAAGCUCCUUCGAUCUCGGGAGUAUAACCUCUUUGCUCAAUCUGCCGUCUUUGAAAGUGAUUUUAUUCAGGUGACUAGACGUGGAAAUCUUGUGGACAUCCACAACAUCCCAACACUCCUGACUUUAGGAAUAACUGCUUCUGUUCCAUUCUUACCACUUCCGAACAUCUUGAUCGUGGCCAGCAGAAAUCCUGAAUCCAAAGGGACGGAGGGAGAAGGAUAUAUGAAGAUAACCAGGAUGCUUCCCAUGAAAUUGGUCAGAUUGAGUGUGCAUGCAAAGGUCAGUCGCUGUUUAAAGCUGGUCCUGGCCAAUCGUAGCACAUUCUACCUCCAGCUACAAGACAAGCACCCUGGCCACGUCUUCAAGCUCUGGGAAGAACUUAUUCACAUAAUUUAUGCCGGACUCUCAAUAACAUUCAAAGAUGCCAAUAUCAACCUCCCCAAGUCCUCCCUGUGUGAUUCAAGGAGCUCCUCAACCUCAGUCAUUAGCUCUGAGAAAUUCACUUAUGAUGCUCAGAAACCCGACCGUAACAUUCCCACCAGGAGCAAUAUUACAGCAAAUACUAAAAUAGGAGUUUGGAAAAGAAACAAGAUGUUGGUUGGAAAGGAAACACAUGAUGGGUCUGAUGUUCCCAGUUCCGAAUCUUCAAGAUGCACAAUCAGAUCACAGUCAGUUUCCGGAAAGAAUAACGACAAAGUCUCCAUGAAAGAUUGGGUCCCCGAUACUCAGGAGCCUCACAAAAUACGGACAAGAACUGAACAAUUGCUAGAUGUGAAAGAAGAAAGAAGCCCAGGAGACGAGUGGGAAGAGAUUAUUGAAAGAUGCUCCUGCGACCACUGUAAAACAUGCAAUCAAGUCUUGACACUACACACCCUGCCCUGUAAACAGAAGCAAAUUGGGACCGAAGGAGAAGAGGACGAAGAGGAAGGAGGAGGAGCAGAAGGAGAUCCUAACACCUUUGAGGCAGAAGAUGAAGACCGCACUUACUUUGGACUCUGGGAACGUGACAGACCAACGUUGAUGCCACUCUCCAGACUGAGUAGCCUCAUCGCUGUUGGACUGAGAUAGCUUUAAAUCUACUUUUUUUUUUUGGAAGGCAAAUUCUGUUUGAUUUAUAUUAAAGAAAAUCUUUGACUUAGAUAACAUAAUUACUUUUAAAUUGCCUCCUUGAACAAUUUCAGUACUGGACAAUUUUUCCCAGUUUAUAAAGCAAUCACAUAUCACUAUAGAGCUUGGGAAAUAGAAUAAAGUUGUGUGCACUCUAUCCAGGCAAACACAAUGAGACAGACACACUAUGAGCAGGAUUAAAAAUAUACUUAUUGUUAGGAAGAGGAAUAGAUCGGGUAGACACACAGUCUCUUGCCCAGAGAUGGGG